AUGAACAGUGGCUCACAGUCAGACAACGGUAGCUAUUCGUAUACCCCACUGCUUACCACAUUCGAAGAGGACGCCCCGGGACCAGACUUCUACCAACAGCGCCAUAUCACUGCAGCCCCCACGGACACUGCGCUCCUGAUCCCCUGCUACAGGUCGGCCGCCAUCAUGGGUCAAACCCUCGAGGCCGCGCUGCAAAUCUUCCCGGCAUCGCACAUCUACGUCAUUGCGAACGGAAACUCGUCCCAACCGCUGGACCACACCGAGGAGAUCUGCCGAGGCUACGGAGUCAAUCACAUAUGGUCACCUGUGGGGUCAAAGAUCAUCGCCAUUUUCAUCGGUUGCUACGCCGUCAAGGAUUUCGGGCAUGUCCUCCUGAUCGACGACGAUUGUAUCCUCCCGCCCAACUUCCCUGUUGCCGUGUCACGACUAAACCAACAGGUCCGCUGCAUCGGCUACACGAUCAAAUCUGUGGGACGCGAUUCCUCUCCAGGAUCGUACUGCCAGCAAGCACAAGACCUUGAGUAUAAACUGUCCGGUCUGACGCGGAGUUUUGCAGGGCGGAUCGGCAGCGCUACAUUUCCGCACGGCGCCAUCUCACUCUGGGAGCGGACGUUUCUGAAACAGACUCUCCACAAUCAUCCUGGCUUUUCCAUUAGCGAGGACUGGUUCCUCGGUGACAGCUGCCGGCGCCUUGGAGGCAGGAUCCAGAUGUGCAGCGCCGUCUUCGUGGAGACCAUGACACCCUCCUCUGCGCUGUUUGGCGAAAUCGACGAAGAUCGAGGCGGAUUCGGCGAGCCCACGGUCUUCAAGCAGCGGUUCCUCCGGUGGAAUUUCUUUGCGAAUGGGUUGUGGUAUAACCUCUCGUACCUUUUCACAUCGUGGAAAUUGGGUCGGUGGGAAUUGGCGACUAAGAUCUUGGUCAUUCAAGAAGUAUGGCAAUUGAUCAAUCGCUCUGUGUUUGACCUGGUACUGACUAGACAGAUAUACGACACGAUUCUGUACAUCCUUACUCCGUUCACUCUUCCCAUAUCGCUCAUCGUGCGGCCUGAAUUCUGCAUUGCUCUCAUGAUGUCCACGUUAGGGCUCUAUUUACUGCACGUCAUCAUAUUCAACGAGGUUCAUCUACGCCAGAAGAAUGAGCGAAUUUGCUGGAAGGUUGUUUUUGGGUAUUAUGUACGUUGCUCUCCUCUUAUAUCCUCCUUGUCGACGGGUAUUGACCGGCUCAAGAUGCCGUACAAACUUCUCAUGGCCUUGACCAACGUCGCCAGCUGUUACUGGUCGCUGGUCAAGUAUGCCAGAUAUUUUGCCCGGCGACAUCCCAAGCUUACAGAGGACCAUAAGGCGGUUGGGAUGGUGUUGAAGCUGGAAGAAAUGACCUACAGCCAAGGAGGGAUGCCCAAUGGACUGGGAAGGAGUCUGACCGUGAAAACCGUCGACGUUGAUGCGGCUGUAAAUAGUAGAGACUGCAUUAUUGCCGAGUUGCCUGCAGAAAGAUAUUCUUCUGAUUGA